CACACACAAACAGAUUCCUCAUCAGUCUGCCGGCGGCACGAGCCCAUCAGGGUACCUCUACUAUAUACCAUCAUCGUAUCAUUUUUCGGUACUUUCUUUUUCGAUUAUCUCUCUGGUUUUUUUUGGGGUACCUUCGUUCGUACAUCCAUAGUGUGUUAAUUUAAGUGAUUUUCGGUAAUGGUAUUCGGUGGUACCGAUUUGUUUUAUCGGUUAGAGCACUGACGAUUAUGGCAUAUUAAUGUGUGAGUUGAACUGGUUUGGUUUUUUAGUGUUAAAGGUGUACAGUUAGUGACCAAUCUUCAGAAAAACCCAGUGACUCUUCAAAUAUACUGUUAAUAGAAAAACACAAAUUAAUUCCGCCAUGAAAAUUCUAUCGCAGUGCCUCGUAGCUUUUUUCUUCCUUUACAACACGUUUCAAAUGGCGAACGCGGAUGUUGGAGAAAGAAGCGGUACCAGAGGGGCUAGAAAACUAUUUGGAGGCUACAGAAUCACCCCAAAAUUCUGCAAAGCUACUCGCACCCCAGUAAACCCUCCCGGAGGUCCGAACAUCUGCAUGUUUAAUCACGAAUGUACCAUUCGCAGUGGUGAAGUUGUAGGAGCCUGUAUGGAUGGAUUUUUAUUUGGAGCAUGUUGUCAAUUACCUUCAGAUUCAAUGAUAGGAGAUGUACUAUUCCCGGAUUACCAAGGAGUUACGUCAGUGGACACGUUGUCUUCUAAAAUUAUACCCACGACACAUAGAACUACUCCUACAUAUUUAGAUAUCACUUCCAACGGAGUAUCUCAGAUUGCUGCCUCAUUAUUAGGUGGAAGCCCACCGUUUUCUGGUUCAGUCAAUAUUCUACCAACAGGUAACGAUAAUAGCAUUCAGGUUCAAUCAGGAGACACCAAAUGGACCACAACAGGAAUAAUGUAUACAGGAGCAGACACAGAGAUUGACGAUAAUGAUAACGAGAUCUCAGGAUAUUUUAGUUCCACCAAAGGAUCCAGUGAGCAAACAACAAGCAGAUACUCAGAUACAUACCCCCCACCGAUUCUUCAGAUUUCCGUGUCUAAUGCUCCUAUAGGGUACACGCCCCUGCCUACUAUUCAACGACCAAUGUUUAGGCCUAAGCCUCCAAAACCAACUGAUGAAAACUACGUGCUGGUGCCAACGUUAACUGCCAAGCCCAAUAAAACCGAGGAUAUAGAUUCUAAGAUCACUGCAUCUACAACCAACAGGCCACUCUCGACUUUUUCAUUUGUCAGUUCAAGCCUCUCUACCACAAGAAAACCUCCUUCCACUUCGUACGUUGCUAGUAGUACCAUACCUUCACGCAGAACAACCACCACACGGAUUACUACCACCAGAACUAAGAAACCAACCAGGAAGACCACAACUAAGUACUCUGUGACAACAUCCAAACCACCUAGCACGUCUUAUGUUUACAGCACCACUAAGCCUAGACCUAGGCCCAGCUCACCUAGCCAAAAUAACGUAUAUACCUCUACCGAAGCCAGACCUGUACAAAGUUCUAGUGUCAGGCCUAUCACGGUAGCACAUUCAACAUUUGCAAAUUCACCAGAAGCUUUCCCUGGAUCAUUUUCGUCAACUCCUAGUUACUCUUACGUUUCUGGUUCCUCUACUAAUGCUUACAGACCAGCCACAGUUAGUUCUAGUAUAGCGGGUCCUGGUUUUACCGUGACAUCGCAACCAGUCAACCAAUACUCACCAUUUCCAAGCCCAGCUCCCACCGUAAUAGUCCUAGGGCCAGCUAGUCAAGAUUCUUCUGGUGACAGUAUUGUGGUAUCGGCUCCAGGAGCAACCGAACCUACAAGGCUUGAAAGACCUACGCUUAGCCAGCUACCUCAAAAGAAGCCAGUUAACGUGGUAACAAUUAACAAUCAUGUUACUCAGAAUUUGUAUAGUACUCCAAGGCCACAGACAUCUAGCAGCAGCAGUACACAGAACUUACCCUCACCUACUGUUAUCAUCACUCCAAAGCCCACUAUCUCAUCUUCAUACGCUCCGCUAUCUGAUGAAGAUCUAGAAGGUGUAGUGGUGACUUCUGCAAAUGAUUUGAUAAAUUUUCCUCCUGACCGAAAUCCAAACUUAAAUCUUUCUGUGCCCAUUUUGACAGAUGAUGACAUCACUACGCCCAGUUUUGUAGAAGAUGACGCAAUGAAUGAGAAGGUUGAAUCAUUUGUUAACCAGAUUAUUUAUGGACUACAAGAGCCUUUUAAUGACCUUAAGGAUAUUGUUUAUAAUAAGCAGUUUAAUGCUACCGAAGUUCCAACUAAGAAACCUGUAAAGAAACAAGGUUCUACAACUAAGAAGCCUAUCAGCGUUAAGACUACUACCAGGAGACCUGUAACCACCAAGAAGCCUGCAAAACCUAUCAGAGCACAAACCACCACUACUAAGAAACCCGUGACAACCGGGAGACCUGUUACAACUGUGCAGAGUUUUAUAGAUACCGAAACUGAGGCGCAACAAAGCUAUAGAGAUCAAUGUGGUGUUAGACCUCUAUUAAGGUCUGGACGGAUAGUCGGAGGUAAAGGAGCUGUCUUUGGAGAGUUUCCUUGGCAAGUAUUAGUCAGAGAGUCUACAUGGCUAGGAUUGUUUACCAAGAAUAAGUGUGGAGGAGUACUAAUCAGCGACAAAUAUGUGAUAACAGCGGCCCAUUGCCAGCCAGGGUUCCUGGCCUCUCUGGUGGCCGUUUUUGGAGAAUAUGACAUCUCUGGAAACCUGGAGAGUCGAAAGCCCGUUAGCAGGAACGUUAAGAGAGUUAUUGUUCACAGAAAAUACGACCCGGCUACUUUUGAGAACGAUUUGGCUUUGCUGGAGCUGGAGAGUCCUGUAAAGUUUGAUGCACAUAUAAUUCCGAUAUGCUUGCCCCCCGAUAACAUGGAUUAUACGAAACGAAUGGCAACAGUAACAGGAUGGGGGCGUCUGAAGUAUGGAGGCGGAGUUCCUUCUGUUUUGCAAGAAGUUCAGGUCCCCAUAAUGGAAAACCACGUAUGCCAAGAGAUGUUCCGGACCGCAGGUCAUUCCAAAGUUAUCCUAGAAUCUUUCCUAUGCGCUGGAUACGCGAAUGGUCUGAAGGAUGCCUGUGAGGGCGACUCUGGAGGUCCCUUAGUGGUACAGAGACCAGACGGAAGGUAUGAACUAGCUGGCACAGUAUCCCAUGGUAUCAAAUGCGCAGCCCCUUUCCUACCCGGCGUUUACAUGAGAACUACCUACUACAAGCCAUGGAUUAUCGGCAUAACGGGAAUAGAAUAGGAUGAUACUAAAUAGUAUAAAAGGGAAUGAAAUAAUACUCAAAUUGUGUGUGAAAGGCAAUAUUCCCAAGGGUGAUCUAUGAUAUAUUUCGACUGGUUUUUUAUUUAUUGUAAUUAGUGUAAAUUAUUUUAUUUAUUAAAUUAUUUAUUUUUAAUUUUAAGAAA